AUGCGACAGCAAACUCGCCCGCAACUGGACCCGGUGCCGUGUACCACCUCUCACGCACGCGGCCAAAGGUCCGAAGAACGUCGCGAACGUCGUCGACAGCAUUACGAUCAAUGGAGAGCAAGGAACGCAGCCUGUAGUAACCACCAGCCGCUUAGCAGAAGGCUCACUGCGCCCUGGACUCACGCAAAUCACGAUGAACGGAGGCCGAUACACAUUUGCCAAUACCGUUAUCAAGAUCAGGACAAAAUACCACGCAUUCACAGCCCGGCUUUCUCUAUGCCAGACCUGACUCAUACGUGGAGCUGGAAUACUAAUUUUUGUCCAAGGCAUUGGAGCAUGAAGUGGCGAGCGAGUAGGAGUACAAGACACUUUAGAGCAGCUCGAAUUGCAUGA